UCUAAACACACGCAUAAGCACGCAGCUACGCAGCAAACGCCUCUACCCACUCAAACGCUCCUAAAGCUGUUUUUCUGCUGGAGAUCAGCGAGAGCCAACAGCUGUUGAGGACAGACGAAAGGAACAGAGUGGAAGAGGAGGAGGUGGAGGAAGAACAACAUCUUUAAGUUCUGCCAGUCUAGUUCAGGCAGUUUUCAGGGUGAGAGCCUUCUUUGGAAUAUUUUUUUAUUUUUAUUAUUAUUCUUUGACAUAAGGUGGAGAAACAAGAAGAAGAAGAAGAAGAAGGGGGAACUGGAGUUCACACAAGUGAAUGGGUUGCCAUGGUUACUCACCCAGGGAGCCUGACCCGUGCAGAGUGAAUGGAGGGAGCGCCAAGUGAAACGAUAAACUAAGCAAAGGGAGUCACAGGAGAAAAAGAGGUUGAGACAAGAGGCGGUGGAUCGUGGAGGAAGUGGAGCAGAGUCUGAGAAUGGAGGACGGCUUUUCCAGCUACAGCAGCUUGUAUGACACCUCGUCGCUGCUGCAGUUCUGCAAUGGUCUGUUUGAGUAAGCCUGUGUGUCAGUGUUGGCCUCCAGGCCAGAGUGACAUCAGAGCGCCAGUUGGACCCGACCAAAAUGCAAUGAUGUCAUCCAAUCCCUUCUCUGCAGCUCCAUGUGUUGUGGAGCAUCCAACCACGCUAAUGUUGAGAGACUAGGUCAGCUAAACUGCAGGAACACAUGCACGCUGCACGUUUUGUCCUCAGGAGGUCGGAGCUCGCUUCUGCCAAGGGAAAAUUAGCCUCAUUACACACUCAGAUGACAGCGCAUCAGCAUCCAGCAGCAUGGAGGUCACCGACCGCAUUGCCUCCCUGGAGCAGAGGGUCCAGAUGCAAGAGGACGAGAUCCAGCUGCUCAAGUCCGCUCUGGCCGACGUGGUCCGCCGGCUGAACGUAUCCGAGGAGCAGCACGCCAUGAGCGCACGUCGAGGGCCCACCAAAGCGCGGCCUAUGAUAGCCACCUUGCCAUUAAGACCCUCAGUCAACAACGGGACUAUACUACCAAAGAAAGGCAGUGGCACGCUCCCCUCUCCGUCUGGAUCUGGAUCCAGGAAGGACACCAGCGCAGCGUCCAGCAGGAGCACGGUGAGGAGAGCCAACUCCAAUGAGCACGUGGGGUCUCUCACGCGGAAAGACUCGGGCGACUCCAAAGGCAACCGAACUCGCGCUGGGUCCACAGGUAGCAAUUCCAGUGGCAAAAGAAGUGACAGCAAGCAGAGGGACCCAGUGUUCAAUGCAGGGAUGCGACGUGUGACACACUGCAAAGAGGAAGGGUAUGUGAAAAUGUAUUUGAAGGGCCGUCCAAUCACCAUGUUCAUGCCCAAAGACCAAGUGGACGGCUACUGUCUGGAGGCCAGAGCCGACCUUCCGGCCAACAAGCUCAAACUGGACUGGGUCUACGGCUACCGCGGUCGAGACUGCCGUUCAAAUCUUUACCUGUUGCCCACCGGGGAAACAGUGUACUUCAUCGCCUCCGUGGUUGUCCUGUUCAACGUGGAUGAGCAGCUGCAGCGACACUACACUGGACACACGGAUGACAUUAAAUGCUUGGCAGUCCACCCUGAUAAAAUCACCAUAGCAACAGGACAGGUAGCCGGCACCUCUUUAGAGGGUAAAUUGGCUCCGCAUAUUCGCGUGUGGGACUCCGUCAGCCUCAACACCCUCCAUGUUCUGGGAGCAGCUUACUUUGAGCGAGCACUCGUCUGCUUGGCUUUUUCCAAGUCGAAUGGAGGAAACACACUAUGCGUUGUUGACGACUCUAAUGACCACGUGUUGUCUGUUUGGGACUGGCAGCGAGAAGACAGACUGGCUGAGGUUAAGACUUCCAACGACACAGUUUUUGCUGCUGACUUUCACCCGACGGACAGCAACAUCAUGGUGACCUGUGGCAAGUCGCAUCUCCAUUUUUGGAGCCUGGAAAAAGGCAUGCUGGUCAAGAAGCAAGGACUUUUUGAGAAACAGGAGAAGCCCAAGUUCGUUUUAUGUGUGACCUUUGCAGAAAAUGGAGAUACCAUUACUGGAGACUCAAGUGGGAACAUCUUGGUGUGGGGAAAAGGCACUAAUCGCAUUAGCCACGUCAUCCACGGAGCUCACGAGGGCAGCAUCUUUGCCCUGUGCAUGCUGAGGAACGGCACUCUGUUGUCCGGAGGCAAAGACUGCCGCCUCAUCUCUUGGGACAGCGGCUACCAGCAAAUCCAAGCAGUGGAGGUGCCUGAUUUGUACGGUCCCAUCCGGACUGUAGCUGAGGGCAGAGGGGAGACCGUUCUCAUCGGAACCACCAAAAACUUUGUUUUGCAAGGCAGCUUGGAUGGAGAGUUCGCUCCCAUUACUCAGGGUCAUACUGAUGAGUUGUGGGGUCUGGCCACGCAUCCCUGUAAGCCCCACUUUCUCACCUGUGGGUAUGACAGGCAAGUCUGUCUGUGGGAUUCCAAUUCACAUCAGCUCAUCUGGAGUAAAAUUAUGGAAGACACCGCCCAGUCAGCAGCCUUCCACCCGUCUGGAGCUGUUGUCGCGAUCGGAAGCCAGACUGGCAGGUGGCUGGUAUUGGACACCGACUCAAAGGAUUUAGUCACAGUGCACACAGAUGGGAAUGAACAGCUUUCUGUUGUGAGCUUUGGCCCAGAUGGCAACUUCUUGGCCAUUGGCUCUCAUGACAGCUACAUCUACGUCUAUGCUGUGGCAGAAAAUGGCAGGAAGUACAAUAGAGUGGGCAAGUGCUCAGGUCACUCCAGUUUCAUCACCCACCUAGACUGGUCAGUAGACUCCCAGUAUCUGGUGUCUAACUCAGGAGAUUAUGAGAUACUAUACUGGAUCCCCUCUGUGUGCAAACAGGUGGUCAGCAUGGAGACCAUUCGAGAUAUCGAAUGGGCCACACACUCGUGCACUCUCGGCUUUCAGGUUUUCGGCAUGUGGUCUGAUGGCUCAGACGGCACCGACAUCAAUGCUGGCAGCAGGUCCAACGAUAAGAGCCUGCUUGCUACCGGCGACGACUUUGGGAAGGUCCACCUCUUCUCCUUCCCCUGUUCUCAGUUCAGGGCUCCCAGCCAUGUUUACGGUGGCCACAGCAGCCACGUGACCAACGUGACCUUCCUGUACAACGACAGCUGCCUGGUGUCGACCGGAGGGAAGGACAUGAGCGUGAUGCAAUGGAGGAUAGUCUGAAUGGCAAGACUCGAAAAUGAACUUCGCUCUGCGGCUUGUCACUCCGAGCAUGAGCAAAACCCGAGUGCACUACGACGGAACCAAGUGAAAUGCCUAAAAAUGUGGAUCUGAACUGAGGUGAAUUAACAAAGGGUUUUCUUUGCGAAUCUGCUUUCAGGUCCAUGAUCGGAUGGACUGGUGAGGUGUGACGUGUUGCUUAGUCUUGUUCCCUUUUUUUUUCUCCUUCUUUCAAUCACACUACAUGUAAAAUCGCUCCAAUUUACUAUCUAGCCCAGUGCAUCCCAACCUUAACUGAGCCACGGCACAUAUUGUACAUUUAAAAAAAAAAAAUAUUACAGCACACCACCAAACAAAAAUGUCAUGGGUGGCAUGGAUAGAGGAGCAAAAAUACAUUAUUUGUAGUAAAUAAUUGUACCAAUGAAGUGAAAUUUUGAUCAGCUCACACUGGCUGGAAAUCACUGCUGUAGUCCACUCACAUGCGAUGAAGAAUCCAAAUUAAAAAAAAAAAAGAACCAAAGGCUCAAAUUUAUGAAACAAUUUCUGAAAUUGUGCAAUUUCCUGACAAAGCUUAAAGACUGAAGUGUUUUGGUUUUUUUGACUGAUAUUAGAUGAAUCAAGCAAACAAUGUAUUGGAAGGAAAACUGUGCAUGGACAUUUUUUUUUAUUAUUAGUUUAUUUUCUAUUGUAUGAAACCACUCAGGACCCCCCCCCAGGCCAAUUACAACCCUUCUCAUGACAACAGCACAUGAAUUACACACGUCCCCUACACAGCUAAAUUCCUUUUAAGUAUCACGAGGCGCUUUUAAUCGUCAGCGGGCCAUCGAUCAAACAAAUGUUAUAUUACGAGCUUUUGUGGGUAAAAUGUCUGUUUGGUUUUUAUACCAAUUCUUCUGAGGAUGUAUUUAUUUUGAAGAUUGCACGGCGGCCUCGAUCAAGCGCUGUUCGGGGGGUGGGGGGGGGGUCUUUUGGGUUCCCCUAACUUAAACACAUCUCGCUAAAUUGCACUUGAUUUAUAUGAAUUUCCAUACUUUAGAUAUUGAACUAUCUAACGACUACAAACAUUAACUGGUGUUGUUUGUGCUUCCAAAUGUCCAAAAAGACCCCUUAUAUCUUGAUUUAAUAUUUUUAUUGCCAACUGAACUACUUUUUUCCCCCACUACAAACGGACAAAAGAGGCUUGUCUAAUUUGAAAUGAAAAUGCCGUAUUUUCCGGACUAUACGUCGGAGUUCAAAUCGCACCAGCCAUAAAAUGGCAUAAAGCAUAUAGCAUAAAUAACAUUCUAGGAAGUUUACCAAAACUAUCCGUGUCGCGCCAAAUGUCCGAUAACUAAAAUCCAAUGAAAUCGUCAUCCUCGGUGUCACUUCUAAACAAGUCCGCCAACUCCAGAGGUCAAUGACGUGCCCCUUCCUCUUCUACAUCGCUUACGUCAGACUCAUCGUCGGUUGCGGUUACAACUAGCCUAUAGAGCUCGUGCACCUACCUCAUAAAAUCACAUGACUUUUGUUUACGUCCCCAUAUUGCCGGUCUAGCAAAGCAUCCUUCAAUGCUAAGUCGGUUGGAGACGACAUGAAAAUAUGUCUUAUAGCACAAUGGCCAGAGUCUUGUCUGAUACCGUUAGGCAUUAAGAAGGUGAAAAUAAACUCAGGUACGGGGAAAAAUUAGAUAAACUCGGCAUAGAGGAUUUUAUGCCGAAGUCUAUGUUUUCGCCGAUAAGAAAUUGGACUGUUAAUUCGCGUCCGUUUGUCUUGGACAACUGGAUAUACACAUGGAUCUGGUGAGUAAGUCGUCGAGAUUUAAGUUUGAAAAGCAUAUAAAAGUCUGGAUGCAUACGAGUACUUUGUUGCUGGAUCUGUUCUCAUCAGGAGUAAAUCUCGCAUAGUGACAGUUUUGAUGGCUCGUGAACGGGGAAGCAUUCGGCCACAUGUUAAGCUUUGCCGGAAUCCAUCGAUCUUUUCAGCUAGUAUUCAAUGCAAAUACCAAUAUUUAAAUAAAUGACCCCUGGUUUUACACAAACUCGCAUUCAUUAACUAUGAUUUGGGGGGAAAAAAAAGAGGACGGAGUCGUCUCCAUGGAACGUACACAGAAGUGAUUGCAGCCACACUUAACCUCCGUUAAACCUCUGACAUUUUUUUAACACGCAUUGUUCUCAAAUGAGCCAAUUUGGCAUUAUAAAUACUUCUUGGUAAUUUGAGAUUGAGAAGAAUAAUUCCUACCUGAAAUGAAGUGAUCGCUACACAGGCGUGUGUAUAUUUUGGUUGGGCACCAUCCAACAUGUUUAAUUGCCGAAAUCCAACGAUCUUUUCUGGUCUUUUCAGCUGGUAUUCCAUAGAAUGAUGUCUUUGAAUAUCUGUCUCAUCUGUUGUGACAACCAACAGCACAACAGGUCUCUAUUGUGUUUAUUCUGCUCCAGUUCCAUGCCCCCCAUACUGUCGAGCAGCUCUUUUUGACCGGCAAUACGGCGCCGUGGAAAUUGUGACGUCACGUGCACGAGCUCUAUUCCAGCCUUUCUGAAUCCCGACAGGAUGGUUUGGGUUGUCACGGAAGCCCAUAUUUGUCGAGCCAUCCGGUGACUUCCCGGAAAGUUGCGUGGCGGAUUCACCCGGAAGCUGUGCUCGCGCAAUGAUGCACACACAGUUUGUCCUUGGGAGGUUGCCGUAGUCCACGGGCUUUGAGUCGAACAGCGAUCGUGUCGGAACAACUACGUAAUUAUUGGAAUGCAUUUGACAAAGGAAAAAAUAUGAGGAGAACCGAAGUUUUCAACAAGAGUGGACUGCCUUUGUGCGUCUAAAUUCACGGAUGGGGAGUACACUAAAGCAUUCGUCCUCGAUGUUGCCAAUAAACAUUUUGCCAACUUCCCAUAAAAAGAAGAUAAUCAAACGAAUAAAAGACAUGCCUUUGUUGGCAAGAACCGUUCACAGUCGCACCACGAUGACGGCAAAUCAGAUUGAAUUACGUUCACGAUAAACGGAUAAAAGUCUCAAUGCCUGCAUGAAGCUUCGUCUAACAACGUAUGACAAGUCGCAUUCAUGGUGAGAAGUACUUUUGUCAUCAUUGGUUAGCAACAUCCUAACAAUGUUAUUUAAAAUAAUCUGCAGAAUAUGAUUUUCUCUUCAAUGGCAUUUUUGUGCAGUCCGUCUCAGUUGUUAUAUGUCGCAGAUACACGGGCCUAGAGCGCCCUCUUACGGUUGUCAGUGUGAAAAUAAUCGACGAUGGAUGGAUGUAAUAAUGUGUUCAUAAUUUCACAUAUAAAUCGCUCUGGAGAAUAAGCCGCACAAAUGGCCAAACUAUGAAAAAAAAACUGCAAUUUAUAGUCCGAAAAAUACGGUAGGUAAAAAAAAAAAGUUUUUUUUUUUUAAUAAAUCCCUCCUGCAGGGAGAAUCCAUAACCUGCUUUUUGUUGGGUUCUUCUCUUCUUCAAUGAACGGUAUCUUUCUAUGGUUGAUGAGACCGCAUCACUGUAACUGGCUGACAUGCUCCUCUCGGUCAAGGCAACAUAUUUCAUUAAAUUUAGAUGUGUUUUUUUUUUAUGUAAUUCUAUAAUAGAUGAAAAGCUGUAUUCAGUCUACUUAGAGAGGGGCUUGACUGAACCUCCCAGGAAGCAGUAAUAUUUUCUUUCCAUCCUGUGAUCUGUCAAUCAUGUGCUGUACUAUACAGGUACAUUUCGCACUCAAAACAUUACUUUGAUCUGGAUUCAAAAGGAUAUCUGUUUAAGAUGCAUGCUGUAAACUGGAAUUUAUCCUCCCACGAUCCACCCGGUCCCACAUUUACCGCUAAACAGUUAACAUUUGUCUGCCAGAUAAAACCAAAUAAAACUCGUAGGAUUCUGUGUCCAAACUGUACGCCUGUGACUUGUGUUUGUUUAAGACAUCACUUAAUGUCUCUAAUUGUAUAUAAAAUUAAUUUUUGCUACUGGCACAGGAUUGGGACUGAGCGCCAGGGCAA